AUGUAAAUUGAAGACAUUAAGGAAUACUUGGAGGAUCAAAAAUUACCCAAUUUAAAAAGCCUGUUAAGCAUGUGUUCAAAUUUUAGUGAGUAUGAUCUUUAAAGGUAACCUCCUUACUUAAUAAAAAUGUAAAUAUUAGUGAAUAAUUUUAGGGAAUCAAUUGCAGAACCGGAUUCAGUUUCUGUUAUAUAUCCUGUUUAAGGAGAUACGAAUAAUAUUCAUGAGAAAGAGCCUCAAAAAUCAGAAAUACAGGUAAAAGAUGGGGGACAAGAUAUUUAACAAGUAGAAUAAUUUUCUUGCAGUUGCUCUAAGAGUCACUGUUUAAAGAUGUAUUGUUCUUGUUUCCACAAUGGAAGAGUUUGCGGGGAAUCAUGUAAUUGCCAAGAUUGCCAGAACGGCGAAGACAACAUAAUUGAAAGAGAAAAGGCUGUAAAUUAUGCAAAGAAGAAAGCACAAAGAAAUAAGAAGAUUCCAGAAGAAAAAAUAUUUAAGACAACAGAAAUUUGGGGAUGCAAUUGUUCUAAAACUAGGUGUGUGAAGAAUUAUUGUGAAUGUUUCGUAAGGGGCAAGAAAUGUUCUGUAGAAUGCAAUUGUUAACAUUGUGACAAUGGGAAAGAUGAAGAUUUAAUUAAGGAAAUCAAAAUGCUAAGUUAAAGACAGAAUCAAACAAAAAAAAGAAUAAGAAAAGAAAGAUAGAUAUGA